CUGCGCUGUCAAAUUAUAACAUGUCAAUGGAGAUUGUGACAACCAAGGAGAUUUAAAUAUAUAAAGAGAGUACAGUGCUCAUUGUUUUGUAUCACACUCUCUUCUGUUCGUAUGGUGUUCGUAUACAUUCGUUGAGCGAGUCAGUGGCGGAACUAGAUUUUACUGGUGUCUAUUCGAUUUAAUACAUUUGUCAUUGUUCUAGAUUUUAGUGGAUGUUUGCAAAAACCAAAUACGCGAACAUGUGGGAAGAAGAGGAAGUGUAUUAACCACACAUUUUGUUUAAAAACCAAUAUUUUUUGUUUUUUUUUUUAAAUUGUAUGAAAGUGAAACUCGUCAGCCACUGUACUGCGGUACACUAAACCUCUCGCGCCUCACUCCUCUCAUCUAAGAGAUGUUGAUAGUGUGGAAGGUAUAGGGUUUUAAAAAAUGGCGGUCGAAUUCAAUGUAAGUGAUAGCAACAAUUGGAAAAUGUUAUUUCCGCUAUUAAUGAGCGCCUUUAUGUCUACGUUAGCGUACACAGUAACUUUACGAUUAAUUCCUAAAGUGAAAGAUAUGUUUAUUAGAGCCAAUCUUUUUGGAAUUGACAUGAGUAAAAAUACAAGUGAAAAAGUGCCUGAAUCGUUAGGUGUUGUUACAGGAUGUACGUUCUUAAUAACAAUGUUUCUGUUCAUUCCUGUACCUUUUGGCAGUAGUUUGUUUGAUGAAGAUAGCUUCCCUCAUGAUGAGUUUGUUGAGUUAAUAGCGGCGUUAUUGUCAAUCUGCUGUAUGCUCUUUCUGGGUUUUGCUGAUGACGUUUUGGAUCUCCGUUGGCGCCACAAAUUACUUUUGCCAACAAUUGCUUCCCUACCAUUGCUGAUGGUUUACUACGUGAAUUUUAACUCUACUGUCAUCAUAGUUCCUAAACCGUUGAGGGAUAUAUUUGGUUUUUCUGUGAAAGUGGGAAUAUUCUACUACAUUUAUAUGGGAAUGUUAGCAGUUUUUUGCACCAAUGCUAUUAAUAUAUUAGCGGGAAUAAACGGAUUGGAAGUUGGCCAAAGUGUUAUUAUUGCAAUUUCCAUUGCAAUAUUCAAUGUAGUUGAACUUUCUGGAAACUUGUGGAAAGCUCAUCAAUUCAGCCUCUAUUUUAUGCUGCCAUAUAUUGGAACAACAUUAGCACUUUUAAAACAUAAUUGGUAUCCUUCCAAAGUCUUUGUUGGUGAUACGUUUUGCUAUUUUUCAGGGAUGACUUUUGCAGUAGUUGGAAUUUUAGGACAUUUUAGUAAAACGACCUUGUUAUUUUUUAUACCACAAGUGUUUAAUUUUUUAUACUCCUUUCCACAGCUAUUUAAUUUUAUACCAUGCCCCAGACACAGAUUACCAAAGUUUAAUUCUAAAACUGACAAGUUAGAAAUAAGUACCACAAAAUUUCGUUAUUCCGAUUUGAAUAUUAUAGGUAAAUUUAUUAUAAGUUUAUUCAAAAUGUUUAAGUUAAUACAGUGGCAAGAAAAAGAAGAUUAUGUCAUUACUAACAAUCUAACUCUAAUUAAUUUAGUUUUGUACUAUUUAGGUCCUCUUCAUGAAGCUAGUUUAACAGUUAUAUUAUUAUGCAUCCAAGUUUUUUGUAGUGUACUAGCUUUUAUUAUUAGGUAUCCAUUAGCGUGGAUCUUUUACGACGUGUAGAGUUUACAUUUACCUAAUAUUAUAAUAAUUUUGAAACUAACAAAACCAAAUUUUUUUGUAAAUAGAUUUUAAAGAGACUGUUUU